AUGUUUAAAAGAAAACAAAGCAAAGAGGGUGAUGUGCCAUCCAAGGUUGAGCUUGAUAAUUCCCUUAGAAAAGACCUCAGUCGCUGCAAUAGCACAUUAUCCCUAAGAGCAGGAAUCCUUGCUCAUUGUAUACUUGUGCUAGCCUUCCAUUCCGCGAGCUUCUUAAUCGAUACAUGGACUAUCAGAGACGGUCAAUUGACUAUUCAGCUAUCUAUAAAAAGCCCCAUAUCAUAUGAGGGCUGCAAGUCAAGCCUGAUAAGCAUAUUCAGGACACCUAUACCUAUACUGUCAGUCUCAUUCAGUAUAAUCGCAUUUAUAAGCGAUUAUAACUAUCUUGUUGGCCUUAUUGGUUCCUACUUUGAAAGCAUAACGUUUAUCAGCAUCUACACAUGUUGUAGAUUUAUAAACUUGCUAGAGUUUAUUGUGACAUCAAUUGAGUCUAGUAUAGACGCUCCUGAGGUCAUGAAAAGAGUCCACAUUCAUACUGAUUUUGAUUAUGAUGAAGAAGCCAAAAAACAGCUUGCUGCUUUCUUUGUUUGUUUGAUCACACUUAUCCCGGUGAUUUUUAGUCUUGUAUACAAGCUUUUCCUAACAUACAAAGUUGUGCAAUACCAAAGACUUCUCGAAAUAUGUCAAUCUUCGAAAAAAGGCGCUUAA